GGAACAAAUUUGUAGCCAGAAAUUUCAGAAAUUCACCACCAACCACUACGUAGUAGUACUUCACAACCUUAAUAAAUAAGAACAGUUUUUCACAACAUUUUUAAUGUUCUGUCCCCUUCCCCAUCACCAUCCUCAUUUAUACACCACCUAGGUUUCCUCUCUUUUUCUCCUUUCUCUAUAUAAUCAUUUUCAAUUCUUUCUUCAUUGCUUCAAAACUAGCUCUUCCACACUCCAACAUAUGAAAAUCAUAGCCUACCCCAAAUAAUACACAUUCUAUAAAGUCUCAUUUUAUUUAUUUAUUUUCUUAAAUGUUUUAUGUGUUUUCAGGAUCUGAGAUAACCCAUUUUCUAUAGAAUCUUCUUCUCUUAUGGAUCUUGUAAGUAGAAAAUUAUUGAUCCAUUUUUCACAACAUGGGUUGGAAUCACAAUCACAAUCACAUUCACAAUCACAAGCUAUUUCUCCAAUAACAAGUUCUUCGAGUUCAAUCUUUCAUCCUCAUAUGCAUCAUUCUAGCACAAGCUUUCCAAUCAUAGCAAUUGCUAUAAUCGGAAUAUUAGCAACAGCUUUCUUGCUUGUUUCCUACUACAUCUUUGUCAUCAAAUGUUGUCUCAAUUGGCACCGUAUCGACCUUCUCCGACGAUUCUCACCGUCUCGAAGACGGCAAGAUCCGACAACAGGUUAUUCACCGGGGACAGAGCCUCGCGGCCUCGAAGAGGCCGUGAUUAGGCUAAUCCCGGUGAUUCAUUUCAAAUCAGAAGAUGAAAAUACAGACUCUGCCGAAUGUGCUGUUUGUUUGAAUGAUUUUCAACAAGAUGAGAAACUUCGGAUUAUACCGAAUUGCAACCAUGUUUUCCACAUUGAUUGCAUUGAUGUUUGGUUACAAAACAAUGCUAAUUGUCCACUUUGUAGAACAAGCAUUUCUUUGACAAAAGGAUACCAUUUUGAUCAAAUGCUUCAACAUAGCCCCUUUUCAGUUUCAACUCAAGAUCAAAAUCAGCAUAAUGAUGAAGAUUUUGUUGUGAUUGAAUUGAGUAACAAUGAUGCAAUGGAGUUAUCAUUACCAUUACCAUUACCAUUACCAUUGCCAAGAGCAAGUUCUAUUAGUCUUUCGCCGAGAAAGAGUCGAAAAAAGUUGCAUAAAGUGACAAGUAUGGGAGAUGAAUGUAUUGAUAUUAGAGCAACAAAAGAUGAACAGUUUUCAGUUCAACCAAUUAGAAGAUCAUUUUCAAUGGAUUCAUCAGGGGAUAGACAGUUUUAUCUAGCGGUUCAAGAAGCUCUGCAUCAACAAAAGAGGCAAAUCAAUGAAGUUAACAACUCCAUUGAAGGAUGCAGUGGCGGUGGCGGUGGCGGUGGUGGUGGAAGCGGUAGGGUGAAGAAAUCAUUUUUUUUAUUUGGAUAUGGAAGUAGAUCUAGAAGUUCUGUUCAACCUGUUUAUUUAGAUUCUUGAAAUUUUUAAUUUUUUGUGUUCAGUUAAUGUUUGCAACUUGCAAGUUUCUUAGGUUUUUUUUCUUUUUCUUUUGGGUUGAGAUGGAGAUAAUAGAGGUUUGAAUAGGUCAUAAUAGGAUUAGGGAUUGUAAUUUGUAUGACACAAAAUUAUUCAAUUGGAAUUAAUUUUAAUUUGAAACAA